AAAUUUUUAAUAAACAAUUGUCACUCUCCGAUUUCUCACACGUCACUCAUGUAAACUGGUACAAAGUAGCUCCUGACAAUCUAUAUUACUGUAGUCAUCUCUCAAAAUUCUGUUCAUAUUACUCUGAGACUGCUGCUUUUGCAGGUUGUCAGAAUGAGAGGAAUAACAACCCUUGGCGUCCUGCUCUUAGUGGCUCUGGUGGGAGCCCUGGAGAAUGGGUUGGCUCGAACCCCACCCAUGGGCUGGCUGGCUUGGCAACGAUACCGAUGCAACACCGACUGUGUGAACGACCCUGAUAACUGUAUUAGCGAACAGCUGUUCAUGAAAACGGCCGACCUCAUGGUGUCCGAGGGCUACUUGGCCCUAGGCUACGACGUCGUUUCCAUGGACGACUGCUGGCCGGCGAAGGAGAGGGACGCCGACGGGAAACUCCAGCCUGACCCUGAGCGGUUCCCUUCGGGACUGAAGAAAUUGGGUGAUUAUAUCCACUCCAAGGGACUGAAAUUCGGAAUCUACGAGGAUUACGGAACGCACACGUGUGCCGGAUAUCCAGGAAUUCUGGAACACAUGGAACUGGAUGCCCAGACUUUCGCCGAGUGGGGAGUCGAUUACGUGAAGCUCGACGGAUGCUACUCAGACCCUCAUACCAUGGAUCAGGGUUAUCCAGAAUUUGGCUCGUACCUCAACAAGACCGGUAGGCCUAUGGUGUAUUCUUGUUCCUGGCCAGACUACCAGCGCGGAUCAGGAAUCAAGAUCAACUGGACAGCAAUCAUAGAACACUGCAACUUGUGGAGGAAUUACGACGACAUCUCCGACUCGUGGGGUUCCGUGACGUCGAUUGUCAAUUACUACGGCGACAACCAAGACGAAAUCGCUCCCAACGCAGGUCCAGGGCACUGGAACGAUCCUGACAUGCUGCUGAUAGGCAACUUCGGUUUGAGCUUCGAGCAGUCUCGGGCACAGAUGGCGCUGUGGGCUGUGCUGGCUUCCCCUCUGCUCAUGUCUGUUGAUCUGACGUCCAUCACUCCGCCUUACAAGGAAAUCCUCCAGAACAAGGACAUCAUCGCAGUAAAUCAGGAUCCUCUCGGCAUCCAGGGUAAACGAGUGUCAAAGAAAGGAAACAUCGAAAUCUGGACCCGUCCCGUCACCCCAACAAGUGGCAAUGAGUACUCAUAUGCCGUUGUUGUCUUCAACCAAGGAAAUGGUGGUGGCCCUAGCAACGUGACGCUUUCUCUGAAGGAUCUGGGUAUGACCCAUUCUGCAGGAUAUCUCGUGUCCGACCUCUACGAACACGAGGUUAUUGGCACGUUUACCCCGGACCAGCAUUUCUAUGUCAAGGUUAACCCAUCUGGAGUUAAAAUGCUGAGAUUCAAUUUGAGCUAAUUGAAGAAAAGGGAUAUUGAUCACCUGUCAUGUUUUGUUGUUGAUUUUGCAGCUUUUAGAUGCCAUGGCAAGUGCGAAGAGACUUCCAUCAAGCAGCAUUAUGAUACAAAAAAUGAUUGUAGGUUAUUGUGGAAAAUAAAAAUUUUAAUGAA